AUGGGAAAGGACGAACUAUUGCAGAAGAUCAGGAAAGAACUUGUGAGUCUCAAGAGUCCCCAUUGGAAGAAAAUCACCAAGGAUGCGGAAUCCAGCGUUGCGGAAUUGCUACGAAAGAAGCCAGAGAAUCGCUGCUCCAUUGCCGAUGCUUUGCGACACUUAUCGUUAAAGUCGAAUGUCUCCUUGCCACCUGCGGAUGUGAUGAAGGGUAUGAUUGAUACCAUGAUCCAGUUUCAAGACAUGGAUAUGUUGCAAAAAGACUCCAAUGGCCAUGUCACAAAGAGUGAACUUCGUGGAGCAUUUGCUGUGGUUGGACUGGAACUGCCAGCAGGUGAUUGUGUUGCAGACGUCAAUGAGUUCUUGGAUAUGCUCCACGGAAACCAGGGCAAGGUGUUGGAGAAACGCAUGAAGAAGCUGGCGGAAUUUGGGAUUCACGGCGCUGUGAACGCCUCAUUGCUAGCCGCCUUCGACGUUGGACGUUCUGGCUCCAGAAAUGGUCGUGCGCUGCUCUUAGUUGGUUCCGGUUCCAGGAACGGUCUGGCAAUGGAUGGGGCUUCCACUUGCGUGGAGCUGGAUGCGGCGGUGCCUUUAGGGCAAAUGCCCAUGGGCCAUAUGGUUCCAGGUUUGCCUGCUGCUGGUCUUCCAGCUACUGGUCUACCUGGCGCUGGUCUGCCUUGUGGAGCUAUGAUGCCACCUCCCCCACCAGGGACCUUGCCGAGGACGAUGCCUGGGAUGUUUGGUGCUCCGCCUAUGGCGCAAGCACCGCCCAUGGCACCAGCACCCAUGACAUUACCACCCAUGGCUACGCUGGGACAGAUGGCUCCGCCAGCACCAUUGCAACCAAUGCCCCCGCAAGCAUUGCAAGGACAAAGUGCGCCCACUGCAUUGCCAACUGCGCCAGCGAUGCCAGCCUUGCCAGCGCCGUCCUUACCGGCGCCCACAGCUCCGGCUGCAAACAUGGCACCAGGGCAGACAGCUCCAGCCACAGCAUCGGCACCGGCACUGGCAAACUCACCAGCCACAGAUCCUACAGUUGCGGCUGCUGCAGUUGCCUUGGGAUUGGAUCCUUCCGUGUUAGGCGAAGUUGUUCAAGCCCUGGCUGCUGCAGCUGGCCCUGCCCCACAGGGCCAAGCAGCUGACGCAACGCCGCGGGCACCAGGCCCUGAGGCGCCGGCAGCCCCAGCAGCGACGCCUCCAAGCAGACCGCCUCCUGCAAAUGGAAAUGUGGAAGGUGCAGUUGUGCAAGCCUUGGGUGCUGCAGCUGGUGCUGCCUCGCAGGGCCAAGCAGCUGACGCAGCGCCACGGGCACCACCCCCUGAGGCACCAGCGGCCCCAGUAGCGACGCCUCCAAGCAGACCGGCUCCUGGCGGUGAUGGAAAUGUUGAAGGUGAGGGUGCGGCAGCUGUGGCAGCUGCUGCGCAAUCUGCACAGCAAAUGCAGUAUAUGCAGCAAUAUCAGUUUUAUCAGCAGCUCCAAAAACAAGAGCAGGAAAAAAGAGCAAAGACUCAAUCAGCACAGCCUCUGCGUUUCAAAGAAGGCUUUCGUCCCAUGAGGCUCUGCAAACCUUUGUUGACAGUCGGAUAUUGCCGACAAGGACAGGAUUGCACAUUUGCACACACCUAUGAAGAGCUCCACCCAGCCUCACCAGAUGUACCAGACAAUUUUGCGAGUGAAGAAGGUGCUGCGGCAGAGCAGGGAGAUAUACCUGAGAGCCAAGUGCCUGACAUGAGGCUAAAAAAGAAAAAAGAGAUGUGUGGCCGCUUUUCCAGAGGUGAGUGUUCUCUUGGCAAGAUUUGCCCAUUUGCGCACACUGAAAGUGAGUUGGGCACCAUUGGCCUUUCAGUCUGUGGCAAGGUGAAGACCAGGCUAUGCGUGUUCUGGGAUCCUGCGACCAAGACGGCCAAGGGUUGCAUCUAUGGCAAAAACUGCAACAACGCCCAUGGAGAGCGCGAGAUUGGGACAAAGAGGCCGCCUCCAGAGCUCUGUCCACCCAUGAAGCGGCGAAGGGAUGGCGAAUCUGUGAUCCGUGGCCGUGACUAG